CGGCAUCCAUUUACUCUGCUGCUCUAAUUCUAGAGUAUUUUCCUCAUUCAAGGAUUACUUCCUCCGUAUACUGCUUAACCCAAUUUUCCUCUAUUGUACACAGUUUUCAAAGAAUUGGGCAAUUCAAGUCUUCGUACAGGUCUUUUUCUUGCGUCUUCAGUGGAUCGGCUGUGGAGAAUCAGGGUUUCAAGGUUUAGCAGGAGGGAUAGAUGUUGAGUGGUAGCAAAAGGAGGUGAAUUGUGGGAGUUUGAAUUAUAUGGAAUACUUAUGUUGCUUCAAUUCGCUCUAUUCACAAAUUGUAGGAGGCCGUUCAUCAUGUAGCUCUGGGAAGGGCAGGAGCCAUCAAGGCCCAACCAAGUAUGGCUUCAGCCUUGUUAAAGGGAAAGCAAAUCAUCCAAUGGAAGAUUAUCAUGUUGCCAAGUUUGUUCAACUCCAGGGACAAGAACUCGGACUCUUUGCUAUUUAUGAUGGUCAUUUGGGAGAUAGUGUACCUGCCUAUCUGCAGAAGAAUUUGUUUAACAAUAUCAUAAAGGAUGAUGAGUUUUGGACUCAUCCUGACAGAUCCUUUUCAAAAGCUUAUGAGAAGACAGACCAAGCCAUUCUAUCGCAUAGUCCUGACUUAGGACGAGGAGGAUCCACUGCUGUUACUGCAAUUCUCAUAAAUGGGCGAAAGCUGUGGGUAGCUAAUGUUGGAGAUUCACGUGCAGUUCUCUCUAGGAAAGGGCAGGCAAUACAGAUGUCAACUGAUCAUGAGCCCAACACAGAGCGGGGCAGCAUUGAGAACAGAGGUGGCUUUGUCUCAAACAUGCCAGGUGAUGUUGCAAGAGUGAACGGCCAGCUUGCAGUUUCUCGUGCCUUUGGAGACAAGAACCUUAAAUCACACCUUCGAUCUGACCCUGAUAUGCGAAGUUCCGAGAUUAACUUGGAUACUGAUAUUCUGAUCCUUGCAAGUGAUGGACUAUGGAAGGUUGUGUCGAACCAAGAGGCAGUUGAUAUUGCAAGAAAGAUAAAAGAUCCACAAAGAGCAGCCAAGCAACUAAUAGCAGAGGCAUUGAAUAGGGACAGCAAGGAUGAUAUUUCUUGCAUUGUAGUUCGUUUCAGGGGGUGAAAGAAAAACAUUGAAAACUAUCCGUGGAUUGUGGGAUAUGUAUAUGCCGCAUUUUCUGUUGCGUGAAAUGCAAUUCUAUAGCUAGCGUCAUGCAGAAAGUUCGAGGAAUUAUCAUCCUAUGGAAAUUCAUAAUAGGAUAUUUGUUCCAUGUAAAAUUGGAGUUCUAGCAUUAGGUUGUGAGGCUUGAUAUUGCUUGAUUUCUUAUAAUUUGUAGAUUCAUUCCAUCAUUUUUCUCUGUAAUUCAAAGCUAUCGGUAUAGCCUGGAUUUAUAUAAGUCGUAUGAGGAUUGCAAUUCAUGCUGUAAUAGAAAACUAUUAUGUGAUUGAAGAUUUAAAUGCUCCU